UUUGGUGGCAAGCCUGAAUGCCCCCUCGCCCCAGCUGACAGCCACUUCAGUCACAAGUGUUGUUCCAGGGCUGACUCCAUCCCUGCAACGGACACCGAAACCACAAAGGCGGCUGAGAUUCGGGCUGCCCUGGAGGAACUACCGGCCGGGUAGGUGAACCGGUGUUCAGCAGACCCCAGUGGGCAGAGGACUGUGAUGGCAACAAACCUGGGAGCGUGGAGGUGCGAGCGGCUCUGGCUGGGGACUCUCGGUAGAGAAACUGGCAUCUAUGAAGGAGUGUUGCUUUGCAGCAGCCUUUUGGGAGGCCAGGAUGACCCUCUGGGCCGCCAUCUGGAACUCCCCAGAAAGAGCCUGUGACAAUGGCAGCACUGGCAACCACGCCAGACUGGCACCCGGCCAGCAGUGGAGGAGGCAGUGCUCAGUCUGGGAGUCUCCACCCCGGUCAAGUGCCCCGAAGGAUAGAGACAGCCCCGUUACCAUGGUUCCCCUGAGCCAACAGAUCUCCAGUGGCCUCCCAGUGGCAGCCGGAGCUUGCGACUCUCUCAGAGUCAAAGGGAGAAGCCAUAACCUCUGAGCAUGGACCAGGCCAGGAUCUGCCCUCCAGCAGUUUCACCUGUUUCCAUCAAGGGGCAGGAAGGCCAGGCAGUUGUGAAACCCAUUUCGCCAGCGAGGAUAUGAGAAGUGGACAGGUGAUGUGCCUCACUCAAGGUCACAUGGCCAGGAAGGUGUGAACAUAAGGUGAGGCCAGCAGCCGGACGUGGGAAAGGAAAACCAAUGGCCAGAUUCCAGAGAGGAUACACAGCCCUCAUCAUCACCACCCUCAGAGCUCCCACUCACUGAGCACUUCCUGGUUGCCUGUGCUCUCGCCCAACCCCCUGAGCCUAUGGGAAAAGGCCUAUAAGCCUUCCACUGGGCUGCGCCCGCAACACUGGCCACCUCCAGCAGUGAAAGCAGGAUGAGGCUGACCAGGACACCUUAACUGAGGAACCAGGAGAGCUCAGUGGAUUGAGUGAAAGGCCCAGGAGAGCCUCAGUUUUGUCACCUGAAGGAGGUUUUGUCAUGAGGAACAUGAGAUGCUAUUACGUGACAGUGCCAAGCAAGUCGAAGAUGCCUCAGGAUGAAUGGGAAGGGGAAAUUUGGACACGGACACAUGCAUAGAGUGAUGAUGAUGUAAAGAGACAUUGGGAGAAGAUGGUCAUCUACAAGCCAAGGAGAGAGGCCUGGAACAGAUCCCUUCCUGCACAGCCUCCAGCAGGAACCAACCACGGUGACAUCUUGAUCUUGGACUUCUAGACCUCAGAACUCGUUGAUGAGCGACUGAAGACACGACAUAUGUGAAAAUGCUUUGGAAGCUGCAAAGUGUUUUGUGCACUGAGGCACCGUUACCGUCCGCUUUCUUAGGAUGGCUGUCUGUGAAGUCCUGGUUGUUAGCUGCCAUCUGCCCUCUUGCCUUCCUCCUUGCUCACUUAGGACUGUUGUUUGGAGAAAGUAUCAUGGAAGUUCUGCGUCCACAGCUUAUAAGAAUUGGUGGACGGGUUUACAGGAAGAAUCCCAUCCAAGAGCAGACUUAUCAACAUGAAGAUGAAGAUGAUGACUGUUAUCAAGGUCUCGUGGAGUGUGCAGAAGAGUCCUGUGAAGCCUAUGAGGUGGUGCAGACCCCGCAAGGUUUCCGGUGUACUGUGAAGGCCCCCAGCCUGCUCUACAAGCAUAUAGUUGGAAAGAGAGGCGACACUAGGAAGAAACUAGAAGUGGAGACCAAAACUUCCAUAAGCAUUCCUAAGCCUGGACAAGAAGGAGAAAUUGUAAUCACUGGCCAGCAUCGAAGUGGUGUAAUUUCAGCCCGAACUCGGAUUGAUGUUCUUUUGCUCACUUUUAGAAGAAAGCAGCCCUUCACUCACUUUCUAGCCUUUUUCCUCAAUGAAGCUGAGGUUCAGGAGCGAUUUCUGAAGUUCCAGGAGGAAGUACUGGAGAAGUGCUCCAUGGAUCACGGGGUUGAUAGCAGCAUUUUCCAGAAUCCUAAAAAGCUUCACCUAACUAUUGGGAUGUUGGUGCUUUUGAGUGAGCAAGAGAUCCAGCAGACAUGUGAGAUGCUACAGCAGUGUAAAGAGGAAUUCAUUGAUGACAUUUCCGGGGGCAAACCCCUGGAAGUAGAGGUGGCAGGGAUAGAAUACAUGAAUGAUGAUCCUGGCAUGGUGGAUGUUCUUUACGCCAAAGUCCGUAUGAAAGAUGGCUCCAACAGGCUGCAGGAAUUGGUUGAUCGAGUACUGGAACGUUUUCAGGCAUCUGGACUAAUAGUGAAAGAGUGGAAUAGUGUGAAACUCCAUGCUACAGUCAUGAAUACUCUAUUCAGGAAAGACCCCAAUGCUGAAGGCAGGUACAACCUCUACACAACGGAUGGCAAAUAUAUCUUCAAGGAAAGAGAAUCAUUUGACGGCCGAAACAUUUUGAAGCUAUUUGAGAACUUCUGCUUUGGUACCCUAAAGCUCAGUUCAAUUCACAUCUCUCAGAGGUUCACAGUAGACAGCUUUGGAAACUAUGCCUCCUGUGGACAAAUUGACUUCUCCUGAGGUGGAUCUUGGGAAACACUGGAAAUUAAACAUCCUCACAAAGUUGGUUGACUCCACGGAUGUGGAACCCAUGGAUGUGGAGGGACGACUGAACCACAUUUUG